CAGUCCCCUCAAUCUCUGUUAAUGUAAGUGUUGUUGUUGUUCUUCUUCUUCUUCUUCUUCUUCUUCAUUGCAUUGCAUUCUAGAGCUCUUCUUGUCUACUCUACUGCUCUGCUCUCUCACAAUGUUUGGAAAAGUCUUCGUCGCUGCUCUUGCCCUCACCGCGGCCGUCUCUGCCCAGAGCUCCAGUGCCAGCAGCGCCACCGCUACCUCCACCGCCUCCGCCUGCCUCCAGUCUGAGGUCACCGCCACCGCUCAGGCCGAUCUCGACUCCCUCUCGUCAUGCACCACCUUCUCCGGCAACAUCAUCCUCGCCGAGACCCUCUCGUCUGCUACCAUCACUGGUAUCCAGGAGAUUGAGGGCAACCUCAUCUGCAAGAACAACACCCAGAUCAGCUCCAUCUCGGCGCCCUCGCUCCAGUCUAUUGGCGGCGCGUUCACCCUCAACGGCCUCACCGUCCUUGGAACCCUUUCCUUCCCCGAGCUCACCUCGAUCGGUUCCAUCAACUGGGUCACUCUCCCGGCCAUUGACUCGCUCACCUUCACCACCGGUGUUACUUCUUGCGACCAGAUCUACAUCUCCGACACUGAUCUCUCGACCUUGAACGGAAUCACCCUUGACUCGGUCACCACUCUUGACAUCAACAACAACUUGAACUUGAACGAGAUUGAGAUGCCCCUCACCUCGGUCUCUGACCAGAUUGAUGUUUCGUUCAACGGCGAGACCACUAUCUCGUUCCCCAACCUCAUCUGGGCCAACAACUUGACCUUCCAGGAUGUUGAGUCGAUCUCGACCCCCAAGCUCCAGACUGUCAACGCGUCGUACAUCUUGAUCUCCAACAACUUUGAGAAGUUGUCUGCUCCCAACCUUACCUCGGUCGGUGGUCUUUCGAUCAUCAAGAACGACGACUUGACCUCGAUCUCUUUCCCCAAGCUUGCCACUAUUGGCUCUGCCGGUCUUGAGAUUUCGAACAACACCCAGCUCGAGGAGUUCUCCUUCCCCAAGGUCUCCGCUAUCUCUGGUGCUAUCGUUCUUUCUGGCUCGUUUGACAAUGCCACUUUCGACGACCUCACUCUUGUUCGUGGAGCUGUCACUAUCUCGUCUGACGAGGACUUUGACUGCUCUGCUUUUGACAAGAUGAACGACGACAAUGACAUUCGUGGAAACGACUACGUUUGCUCUGCGGCUUCGUCUUCGUCGUCGUCUGUUCUGUCUUCGUCGGCUGCUUCGAGCAGUGUGACUAGCUCUGCGUCUGCGUCGUCUGCUGUUGCGACUUCGUCGUCUGCUGCUUCUACCUCUGCUGCUUCGUCUUCGUCGACUGCUGGUGCGGUUGCGUUCGGACCCAACACCCAGGGCGUUGCAUUCGGUGGUAUCAUUGCCGCGCUUUUCUUUGGCAUCUUUUAAGUGCUGUUUUGAGCAGUUAUAUCUUUAUCAGAAAGAGACACUUCUAAAUAAGGAAGAGUGAAUGUGUUAUUGUAAUGAGAGAGUGUAUCGACCCGAGUCUUUCUCUUUUUCUAAGUGUUUUUGUACAGGAGGACAGGGUCUUUUCUGUUUAUUUUGGGGGUUUUUUUGAGUCCGAAUGUGAUAAUAGGUAUCCUGAGAGGGAUAAGAGUGUAAAGCAGAACGGAUAAAAGGGAAAGAAAGCACUGAGGAAGACGUAUUAUUAGUUUUAAUAAUAAUGUAUAUUUACAGAGUAG